CUGUCAGGCAACCGGUCUGUUACUCGGUCCAAACCGAUCGUCUGUCCGCGCGUUCACGGUUCGAUCCACCCCAUUCACACUCACGAUUUUUCAAAAACAUCUUGGUCUUUCUGCUACUUGAUGUCUGACCGGUGUGAUAGAUACACAUACACACAUGCACACAUACUUACACGCACAUACAUUCAUGUGUUCAUAACGCGGUUACAUCCUUUUGAUCAUCUCACUUUGUCUCAGUAACUCGUGGAGUACAACUGCGGCAUCAGUGCUUAAGAGUAACGUUCAAGUGUUAACGUGGAUCGAUUGUCAGUUUGUGUUUUUUUUUAAAUAUUAUAUUAACAAUCGGGGAUGUUGAGCUUCUGGGUGAUCGGUAACCAUAAGAGAUCUCUAUUGUUUUGUUUGUGUUUAUGACCCAACAGACCGUCGAUUAUUGCCAACAAUUUAGAUUACAAGCAGCAGCUAUUGUUGCUCCAAUAUCUAGUGUCUUUAAAUUGGAAAUAUUUGCGGGACCAGCAUAUGUUUGGUGGGAGUGUAUGACUACUCUGCUUUUCAUAUUUAUUUAUUUAUUUAUUUAUUGAAUACUGCGGGACGGAAGUAGCAAAGCUGGACACCAUUGGAUGAGGUUGUGACGGUAUUGAUAAAACGUAAAACUUGUUGGUUAAUAAAAUACUAACCAGUGUGGCUGGGUUUCACGGAAGUGGGUGUAGGUAAUGUUGCUGGAGUCGCGAGGUCUUGCUGCAAGGAAGAGAAACGGACUGACCCUGACUACGUACGGCGGGGUGGGUGCCGGCAGCGAGGAGGACGAGGAGGACACAUCACAGUCACUUCUCGGGGGUGGCGCCGACGGCGGGAAAAUGCCGCGAUGCGGCGAGUCCGAGGUGACCACUGCUGUAUCAGCAACACCUGGAGUUAUUCCUGACAGAUGUACAACAAGAGGCGACGACGGUGCCGAGGGUGAUGACAGCUCUAGUCCAUCCCCAAACAGCAGCCUUCUUAAUAAUUUAAAUAAUAAUAAUAGUAGUAGUAGUAGUAAUUGUAAUUCAAAUCGCCAAUGCGCCACGGACUUCAGUAUAGCAGCCAUAAUGGCGCGGGAUUCACGGCAACAGCAACAACAGGCUCAUCAGCAUCAGCAACAACAAUCCAGGCAUUCACUCCAACAGUCCAUUGGCAGUGGGAAAUUACAUCAGCUCGAAAGAGAAGCAAGUGGAUCAGGAAUAAGUAGGAUACCUCCCCCUUCUCAAGAUUCCGUAGACAUAGACGACGAAAUAGAAACGGACGAUGCCGGAAGUACCAGCGGAAAAACGGCAUCACCUUCGACCAACCCUCUUCUGCAAGAGCACUCGAAUUGCGAGGAGCUGAGGCACGUCGUCUGUCAUCUGGAAACAAAAGAACUCUGGGACAAAUUCAACGAACUCGGAACUGAGAUGAUAAUAACUAAAACCGGCAGGAGGAUGUUUCCGACCUGUCGGGUGUCUUUCAACGGACUGAGGCCUGACGGACGCUAUGCUGUGCUGAUGGACAUUGUGCCGGUUGAUAAAAAAAGGUAUAGAUACGCCUACCAUAGAAGUUCGUGGUUGGUAGCUGGAAAAGCAGACCCUCCAGCACCGGCGAGACUUUAUGUCCAUCCGGAUUCACCCUUUACUGGUGAACAGUUGAGGAAACAAAUUGUGUCCUUUGAAAAAGUUAAACUUACUAACAAUGAAAUGGACCGACAUGGACAUCUGGUAUUAAAUUCAAUGCACAAGUACCAGCCACGUAUACACCUGGUGAAGCGACCGGACUCAGGUGCCAAGGACCCAAUAGAGGAUCUUGAACGCGAGCCACACAAGACCUUCGUAUUCCCGGAGGCCAUUUUCACCGCCGUCACCGCCUAUCAGAAUCAGCUCAUAACGAAACUGAAGAUAGACAGUAAUCCGUUUGCAAAAGGCUUCCGGGACUCUUCACGUCUUACGGAUUUCGAGAGUUUUCCUUUCAGGGAAACAAUGGAGUCAAUGUUAGCGGAGCAGCAGUCAAUGCGAUUUCCCCACCGAUUUCCAUUUGAAAUGGAGCAGCUACAAAGUGGCGCGAGUAAUUUAAGUCUUGAAGAGAAAGCCUUGUGGGCAGCGCGGUCACAGAUUUUAUUAAGAGCAGCAGCGGCCGCGGCGGUGGGUCCAUAUGCGCAGUUAGUCAGUCCAGCUCUUGUAUACCCAAGUGCCUCGACAGUUGCGGGAUCCAGUCAUCAGCAGCAGCAGCAUCAGCAACAACAGCAGCAACAACAACAGCAACAACUGGGUCACCUCUGGUGGGCAUCAUCACUCGGACCGACACUUUUCGCGGCCGCGCAUCAUCACCAGCAGCAGCAAUUGGCUGCUUCGAGUUCCCAACAAAGUCCACCCUCUGGUCCAGCGGCACCGCGGCCUAUGUAUCCCUCAGCACUUGCACUAGCUCAUCAUAGAUUUUCUCCAUAUCCAACUGCCAUUUCCGGUCGUAAGCCCACUGUUACUUCCGCACCUUCACCUUCAGCUUCUAGAAGAGCUACACCUUCACCUACUGACAGUCUUUAUCGUGAAGCUCAGGAUUUAUCACCCUCGUAGUCAUCGACUAAAUCAUUAUCAUUAUCAUCAUUAUCAUCAUCAUCAUCAUCAUCAUUAUCAUAAUUUUCUGUGUUUUCUGAUAGACAAAAAUAAAAAAAACUGACACCGAGUGUGAGAAAAUAAAUUUUUUUUGUUAAUUAAAAUAUUUUUAUUUAUAAUAAUAUCAAGACGUUAAUUAAUAAAUGUGCAAAUAAAAAAUGUCGUCGAAAAAAUGUAAAAUAAUCUGUAUAUUAUUAUAUUUAAUAUCAAUGGUGAUUUAUUAAAUUACAUAUUAUUGUUAUCGUUAUUUAUGUUUUUCCUUUAUUAUGUAUUAUUAAUUAUUAUUGAUAUUAUUGAUAUUAUUAUUUUAAGAUAACGAAUGUUAUCGACGAACCUGAGGAUUGUUGGUAAUAAAUGCGGAUAUAAUCUCUAGAGAAGAUAAUUUAUGUAGAUUACUAACAAUUCUCAGCCGUUAUAUAUAUAAAUAAUUAUUGCUAUGAUGGAAAUAGAGAGUAGAGUCGAAUGUUAUUGGUAAAUAAAUUAAUUAAUUGAUUGAUUAAUUAUGUAUUGUUAAAAAAAAAAAAAAGUAAACUGCUUGUGUUACACAAAACUGUACUAGCUAUUUUAAAGGAACGCUAUUAUGCAAGCUGUUUUACCCUGUAAAUAAAAUCCCGUGGAAAAAAAAAAUAAACAACAAAAACUCUUGUAC